UUGAAUUCAGAACCUUAAAAAAUAUAUAGUACAAUAUUUAAAUAUUCUGGAAAACAACAAAAUGUCCAAGGAAAACGAACCGGUCAAAGUGGACAAAGAGUUGGAUUUGUCGAACGCAGGUCGUGGUGUUUGGCUAGUGAAAGUUCCCAAAUACAUGGCCAAUAAAUGGGAGAAAGCACCAGGUAACAUCGAGGUUGGCAAACUGAAAAUUUCCAAACAGGUAGGUCAAAAAGCGCAGGUUUCGCUUACACUCUCCGACGCCGUGAUAAACAUUGAUCCAUCGGAGGAAAUUCCACGAGACCACCGGCUGGAUGUGUCAGUUGUUACCAAGCAAACGUUGGGUGUAUUUUCACAUAGCGUUCCAGCGGCUGCCAGUGCCAGUCGAGAGGAUGCCCAACCGGAGGCGGAAAAGCUGUUCAUGGAAGGACGCAUUGUGCAGAAGCUAGAGUGUCGUCCUUAUGCCGACAAUUGCUACAUGAAAAUGAAGCUGGAAUCGAUUCGAAAGGCAUCGCAACCCGCACGCCAGGUUAAAUCGUUGGAAAAAAUAGUGCACAAUUUCAAGCCCGUUUCCGAUCACAAGCAUAACAUCGAGGACAAAGAGCGCAAAAAGGCCGAAGGGAAAAAGUCCCGCGACGACAAGAAUGCCGUCCUGGAUAUGCUGUUCAAUGCGUUUGAGAAGCAUCAGUACUAUAACAUUAAGGAUCUGGUUAAGAUUACUCGGCAACCGAUAAGUUAUCUGAAGGAAAUAUUGAAAGAAGUCUGUGAUUAUAAUAUGAAAAAUCCGCAUAAAAAUAUGUGGGAGCUUAAGAAGGAGUAUCGACACUACAAAGACGAUGACAAAAAGGACGAAGACAAGGAGGCGACCGAUAGCGAUAGUGACUGAUAGUGGUCAAAUAACAACCUAAUGUUAUAAUUUACGUAACGAAAUAAGCCUAUCAAUAAAGUUCAAGCUGAUUACGUU